ACAGUUUGAUCUGUGAACACUUUGAUCUGGGAAAGGCCUUGCGGUUUCCGUCAUGUUGCGUUCGCUCCCCGCCGCGGUCACCGUCCUGAUUUACGCCGCUGGAUCGCUGCUUCUGAACGUCAGAGGAGCUUCGACGGUGGAGAUCGUGACCUUUGUGGGCCAAACGGUCAUCCUUCCCUGCAAAGUCCAGGACAAAAACGUCCUGGAUUUAGAUUGGAUCAAGAAAGACGGAACCAAGCACGGCGCCAUUGCCUUCGCGUACGCGAAUGGCUGUGAGAAGCCCGAUAAGCACGACAACUUCACCCACCGCUCCCAGCUGUUCCUGAAGGAGCUGGAGGGCGGGAACAUGUCGCUGCGGCUCUCCGACGUGCGGCGGUCCGAUGCAGGGACCUACACGUGCACGAGGAGGGACGACUCCGCGGUGAUCACCUGCACGGUGGAGCUCUCUGUGGGUGCAGCUUCUGAGCCCACACUGGCGAUGGUUCCAGGGGAGGACGUCACCCUGCAGUGUGAAGCCAGCUGCUGGUCCCCGAAGCCCGACGUCACAUUUCUUGACGCUGAAGGAAACGUCAUCAGCGCCGAAGAGCCGAAGUACUCUCAAGACCCCCAAAGCGACUGUUACAGCGUCACGAGGAGAGCGACCGUGCAGGCGGGAAACAACUUCACAUGCAGAGUGAACCAAUCUGAGAUUGGCCAGACCAGGAAGACGGAGAUUCACAUUCCAGAAUGUGAUUCGAUAUUUGCUGUCAUUGGAGAUCCGUUUGAGAUCCCCGCAUUUAAAGAACGCGAGUUAAAAAGAUGCGAGCUGAUGCGUCUGCGGGGACAUGGCAGCGUCCAUCUGGUUGCUCCGUGGGACGACCGGUGGACACCGGGACCUGACUACCGAGACCGGAUGACUGCAAACGGGACCGUCAUCUUUAACGGUGCAAACCUCAACGACGAAGGACUCUACGAGCUCAUCUGCGCCACAGACACCCACCGUUUCCACCUGCACGUUUUUGUAAGCACCACGUACACGGUGACUGAGGGAGACUCGGUCCCCUUCGAGUGCUACGCAAAGACGGAGGGGGAACUCGGGCACUUCACGGUGCAACGAGACCGAGAGCCGGUGUUCGGGCUGGACUACCGGUCCGGGAACCAGAGCCCGGGGGCCGGGUUCCAGGGCAGAGUGUCCGUCCCCCCUCAGUGGAGAACCACGGGGAACCUGACGAUGACGCUGAAGGGGGCGACGACUGGAGAUGAAGGUGUUUACUGGUUCUACGUCCAACAUGAAGACAAAUCGGGACUGAAGGUGAAACUCUUUGCCGUGAGGCUGAAAGUCAACAAGCGCGUCCCGGAUCCGACCCCCAGCGGCCCCGUCGUCCCAGAGAACCAGAUCAGGACUCCUGAAGCCGUCUACAUCGCUAUUGCAUUUCUGGGGGGGGUGGUGUUGGGUGUGGUGGGUUGUAAGGCACACUCCUCUCUGCUCAGAUACUUGAAGACGCGCCGCUCCAGAGCCCGCCCAGAUGUUGCUUCACAUCCAGAUGCAGGAGCACAGCUACUGAACGGGAACUCGGCUGGUCAGAUCCCAGAAGAGUCCAAAGUCUGAGCCCACAACAAAUGUUCUCCUGCUGGGAUUUCCACAUGUCUGUUACUUCCAAGUGUAGAACAUGAUUACAGUAUUAGUCAUUACAGCAGUGUUGGGGUGAGACCUAGUGGUGGGAAGUAGUGUAGCACUGUAGUUUGUGUGAUGUUAAAGUGAAUGCAGUAUAGUCAAUAACAAUUUCUAGACUUGUAAAUACUGUACACAUUGACAUCCUGUCAUGAUGUAAUGUUUAAACCUGGGGACGGAAGCUAAUUGCCGUCCUUUAUGAAUUUUCUCCACAAAGAGGGAUUUUUGUUGGGAGUUUUUUCUCCUGUCAGGUAUUAGAUGAGCAACUGGAUGCAAAGUACUGCACCAGAUAAACUGUGUUCAAUCAUGAAGAACUGAUCUUAUAUGUUGUGAUGCAAUUGAAGUGUACUAGUUAUAAGAUGAAGACAAACGCAAAAUUGAUCACAUUUCACUUUGUAAAUGAUCACUUUGUUAAGUUAUUAAAUACUUUUUAAAUUCGAGCCAGGUGAUUAUUCUUAUUUUUAAAAAUCCAUCAAUAUUACAAUGAGAUGAGUUUGAGGCAGAAAUGUAUUUUUUACAUGUUAUAAUAUCUGAUGACAUUUUCUAUUAAGAAAUAAAGAGUUCUGUGGCAUUUCUGAGAAAUC